GGGACAAUGAUGAUCCCCAGUGUUAUUGCACCACCUGCGAUACAUUCUGCAUUUAUGCGUCCCGCUGCAUCGUUGCAUUCGCCUCUGCAGUCAGCUUUCCCCGCGUACCCCAGCUUUCUGGUGGAGGACCUGCUGCGCGUCAACAGACCUACUAGUUACUUGAACCAAGGGAUGUACUCGCCAUGCGCCUCUCCGCCACCUUCAAACAUUUCCAUCCUGGAUAACCACAUGCUAUCGGACAGAGUCAGCCACAGUGUCACAAAGAAACAAGGUGCUUGCUCGCCAAAAACUUCACUGUCUAGUAAGGAUCCAAACUAUCUCAAGUUUGGGGUAAGUGCCAUUUUGGCACCGUCGCCAAAGAAAGCCGCCUCUCCCCCCUCCGUUGACGGCAUGCAUCCAAAAGGAUUCACCUUUCCUUCUUUCGAUGUAUCGUUCUACCCUUUCGUCCGUUCCUCAUACUUUCCUGCUCCUUCGUCUGUUGGACCUACCCCUGGAACUUUUCCCUGGCCUCUUGCGUCGAGAGGAAAGCCGAGAAGAGGGAUGCUGCGACGGGCAGUGUUUUCUGAUGUGCAGCGCAAAGCUUUGGAGAAAAUGUUCCAACGGCAAAAAUAUAUUAGCAAGCCCGACAGGAAAAAGCUUGCAUCGAAACUUGGACUUAAAGACACACAGGUCAAAAUUUGGUUCCAGAACCGGCGCAUGAAAUGGAGAAACUCAAAGGAAAGGGAACUGCUGUCUGCCGGAGGCUGCCGAGAACAAACCCUGCCUACCAAAACAAAUCCUCACCCAGAUCUCAGUGACGUGGGUAAAAAGUGCUCAGAGGAUGAUGAAGAUGAAGACGACUAUGCUUGCGGAGAUAGUCGUACACCAAGACGCGAACUGUCAAAUAGCACUGACUCCAGCAUUUCAUGCAAACACUCGGACUUUUCUGAAUCAGAAGAUGAAAUUACGGUUUCAUAA